UUAUUUUUUUUAGGAUGACAUAAUUUCCCAGACUCGAGCAGCGUAGGCCCCUCCAAUCCAUGACUUACCUCCCACGUAAAUCAUUAGCCUCACGGCAGUCUUGAAUCUUGAUCCUUCACCUGUUUGUGGUUUCCAUUGCGUCAUAAUUCGUGUAUCGUCGAACUGAAUUUCAAAUUCAAUUCGUUUGUUCCGAAAUAGUAUUUAGAUUUCUUCAUCCGUUGAUUCCGUUUCACUUCUUCAGCCCAAAUCAAUCGGUUAAUUGACGAAGGCGCACUUCUCAAGGAUGAGGGAGAGCGGGAUUACGAAACGAGGGGAAUCACGCAAUCCAUCAGUGGAAGAGAAUGAUGGUUUGAUUGAGGGCCUUAUUCCUCAGCUAUUUACUUCUGUACCAGUUCUCAACGAGGCUGCUUCUUAUGUGGCACAAACAACUUCAUACUUUACUAGCUGUUUUUCUGAUUCUUCGGUUUUAUGGUGAUUUGGUCUCAGUUGACCCUGACCUUAGAGAACCUAGGAAUUCUGCUUUACACGAAGAGGAAUUAGUGAUGUUUUCUUCCAGAGAGCCUGCAGAAACGCCAUCCAGAACCAGGGGAAAUCAAAAGUCUAGUGCUACACAACCAAUAACUUCUGAACCACGUGAACCUGCAGUCAAAGCUCCACCUGUACAUACUGAAGUUUCAAGGACCACAGUUGAAGAGUCAUCUGGCCACAAUGGUGGUCUCCAAUUGUCAAAUAAUACUGGUCGGAAUGGCAUGUCAAUUUUUCAAGGCCUUAUUGAUCGGGCUCUGAGGACAGUACGCGGAUCUGCAGAUGAUAUAGGAUGGCUUCAAAGUGCAUCUGGAAUGCCGCCGGUUGAAGAUGGAACUGAGAGGUUUGUGGAAAUUUUGGAAGACAUCAGGCAUGGUAUUCACAGAUUACCUAAUUCAGUGGUUUACUUGCUGGUUCCAGGCCUUUUCAGCAACCAUGGACCAUUGUAUUUUGUUGAUACAAAAACGAAAUUCUCAAAGAUGGGUCUGGCAUGUCAUAUUGCCAAGAUUCAUAGCGAGGCGUCAGUGGAGAAAAAUGCAAGAGAGAUCAAAGACUACGUUGAAGAAAUAUAUUGGGGUUCGGGAAAACGUGUAUUAAUUCUUGGGCACAGCAAAGGGGGAGUAGAUGCAGCAGCUGCCUUAUCAUUGUAUUGGUCUGAUUUGAGAGAAAAGGUUGCGGGCUUGGCAUUAGCUCAAAGUCCAUACGGCGGCAGUCCAAUAGCAUCUGAUAUCUUGCGGGAAGGACAGCUUGGUGACUAUGUGAACGUACGGAAGCUUAUGGAGAUUUUGAUUUGUAAAGUGAUCAAGGGAGACAUGCAAGCUCUCGAAGAUUUAACGUAUGAGAGGAGGAAAAUUUUUUUAAUGCAGCACCACUUGCCAGCAGAACUCCCUGUGGUAUCAUUCCACACCGAAGCCAGCAUUUCACCUGCUGUUAUGGCCACCUUGUCUCGUGUUGCUCAUGCAGAAUUACCAGCCCCACUCUCUACUGCUCAAGCUGCAAAACUCCCUGUAGUGAUUCCCCUGGGAGCUGCAAUGGCAGCCUGCGCCCAGCUGCUGCAGAUCCGUUACCGCGAGAAGAGUGACGGACUUGUAACAUGCCGUGAUGCUGAAGUCCCCGGAUCCACUGUGGUGCGUCCAAAACGUAAGCUAGACCAUGCCUGGAUGGUAUAUUCAUCUCUCAAUGAUGACACGUCCGAAGCAGAUGCAUCUCAGGUGUGCGAGGCACUUUUGACAUUGCUUGUUGAGGUUGGGCAAAAGAAAAGGCACCAGUUGACGAAUAAAGAUGAAUAAUAGCAUUGAUAUGAUAUCGUCUCUGUUCACUUCCAAUUUUCAUUCUCCCAAGUAUAAUGAGUAGGUCGCAAUGGAAUUUGUUGUGUAUAUAAUUUGGCUUGUGAGAUCACUACUUUUGAUGGGUUGCGAUAAUUCUAGUAUUAAAGCGGCGAUGAAUCCAUAGAUAGCAAAUUAGAUAGAUAAAAUAGGCGAUGCUUGAAAAGCAAUAAAACAGUGGUGAAGCAGGUUCUUCGUUUAUGCCAUUCAAUAAGGGCAGGCCGACUGAGUUUUAAAUUUAUUUGUUCUUCUUC